AUGGACUUUUGGUCUCGUCUUAUCGGCGGCUCACGCGCACUGCCCAACAAGUCCAAGGCCACCUCCCCUACAGAACGACUCACGGCAUUUAAGCGCGCCUGCAAUGCUCUCCAGCAAAUAUGGCGCUCAACCAACACCCCCUCCGGCGAACAAUCCGUAGCACACGCGCGGGCGUACAUUGAACGCCUCAACUCCAUCCUGAGCGAAGAAUCCCGCGGACCCGCACCGCACCCCUGUGUCGUCUAUGCAGCAUCCUCUCAGGUCUUUGUUACAGUCACCAAGCUCGCUCUGUCAUUCCAUGAUGAUGGCGUUCUUAAAUCAGCCACUGUUUUCUUUAAUACGCUGAUCGACGCGGAGGUCGACGGUGUCGUGGAUAACCGAUUGUUUGCCCGUGCGUUGGUCGACUUGGUCCGUCGUGCCGAGAAGACCUCGGACGAGAUCGAAGGUCGACUCGUUGAACUGCUCUUCGGCAUCGCCAACAAUAUUCGUCUCCAGCCCGUCAUCUUGCCUGCGUGGUUCGUGCCUCGAACAACACCAAUUGCCCAGGACAGCGAAUCCCAAGCCCCGAUUGGGACCGAGUUCGCCGGUGCUACGAGGAAGGAUGAUUUUCCUCUGUUCUAUUUGCUAGUCGACUAUGUCCACAGCGAGGGGCGUGCUGGCGACUUUGCGCGGACCGGGUUGCUUUACCUUAUCGAGACCGCAUCGCGGUCAAAGAAUCUGGAGAAAUGGUUGAUUGAGAGUGACCUGGCCACGCUCAUGGCCACCGGACUUGGGGCAUUAUACAGUCAGUUGGGACACUUGUCAUACACCCCUGAUGAGAAUGUCCCCCAUAUUGUCGUGCUAUCCGACCAUGCCGAGCAAGAGACGGCGUUGCAACCGACCUUGGGCCAGGCAAUGGAAGCCUUCAUGUCAUAUCUGCUAUUUUGGCAAGAUACCAUCGACCAUUGCAAGUCUGUCGAAGUGAAUGACACUUUACUGGAUCAUUUCCAGGUGCUGUUUUUAGAACAAUUAUUAUAUCCUUCUUUGUUAGAAUCAUCAGAUGUUGCUGGUGGAUCAACAGCAGCGGUGCUGACAUACAUGUGCCGAAUUCUCGACUCAAUCGAUCAAGGCGAAUUGGUCCAUCGAAUUCUGCAUUUCUUACUGGCAUCGACUCCUAGGCCCGAAGAGCAAAUGGACAUGUCAGCGAGCCGACGAAAGUCGCUCAAUGUGCUGGCUGCGUUGGCUUCCGAAGCAGCCCAACCAUCUCCAUCGCUGUUCAAUCUACGCGACCUCGCCCUAUUGGGACUCCAGUCCUCGAACCGUCAAACCGUGCUAGCUACACUACGUCUCUUAACGACUGUUCUUCAAAGACAUCAUCCCUUUGCAAGGGCGCUGAUCCACACGAUUUCUUCCCAGCCCGCACAGCAGCGUCCGGUUGGCGCCUUGAAUGCCGAACUCGAGCAGCUUAUGGCUAUGGGAACCUCCCUGGUCGAUGAUCCCACGCUGAACGAGUCGUACGACAACUAUAUUGCAGAUGCAACUUGCGUGCUAGAAUCUCGACUGUGUCUGCCUGUGUCUUCGAUGGAGGAAGAUGAGGAGACGCUACACCUACCUCUUGCAAUCCAGCAAGACGAUCCCAUUGUACAAGCCCUCUUCGACUGCCUCGGCUCUUUCUUCACAAACAGUGUCAUUGUCAACUUGGCGCUAACGGGCGUGUUGAUGAGCCUGGCGUCAUCACAUCUUUUUUCUCUAGACGGAUGGGUGUUGGUUGACCCCAAUCAAUAUGACACACCGUCAUCAGAGACAGGUGAACAGGUUGACCCCGUCCGUCAAGCUUACCAGGCACCGACUUGGCCCGCGACAGCUGCUCCCACUUUGACUGCAGCGUUGCAAAGGCUCGUGGACCAGGUCCGACAGUGGCAGCGUGAACUACCGGACUUCGAUGUCCUUGUCGCAGCUCGGCGCGAGCUCCUCCACCAAGAUGAACAUCCACAAACACCAAAUCGAUCGCGAGAGCCCUCAGUGCCUCCCUUGCCCUCAACGGACCGCUCGCGCUCAUCAUUCCCCGGCUCCCCGGAUACCUCUACACCAGCCUCCCGUGGUCGCUCUCCGUACCCCGCCAAUUCGUCCGAGAUAACUAGGUUGGACCGGAACAACCAAUCUAUUCCUCCGAAUGCCUCGCGCGGAUCCUCAAACGCCCGGAGCUUCGCCGCCGAGGCUCUUCGUCAGCGACUUGCCACACCGUUCCCGCCUGCUUCCGCUGAUCCGCAGUCCUCGGAGGAAACACCGCCCUCGGAGGAUACUAAAGAUGCUCCGGUCGCAACUCUUGGUCAUGUAUUGACGAAUGUGGUGAUCCUAUAUGAGUUCAUUCUAGAGUUGUCGGCGGUGGUACAAGUUCGGGGUAGUCUAUUUGAAGAGGCCGGAUAUGUGUAA